CAGUGGGCAGGAAGGAAAGGGACGUGGUGCCAAGUGCUAUGGCUCCUCAGGUGCUGCUCCCCUAUUUGUGUCACCUCUUCUCCAGGCCCAGGAGCUACAGGAAGAUGGUGUGCCUGCCCGCCGCCGCACUGGCUUUGAGGAGGUGGCUGGGGAUCGGGCUCUUCGUGCUGCUCUGCCUUAGAUUAGGCUAUGCACAGGAGAAGAAAGUAGUCAAAAGCAAAGUGGGAGAAAAAGUUGGCCUGCCUUGUUGUCAUGAAAUUCCCAGCUCAGAAAGCCUACAGAACUACCGGGUCUACUGGCAGAAGAACAUUACAGAGGUAGUGCUUGCCUACGCAGCAGGGAAGAGGAUCUCCGAUCAUAGCUCUGCCCGAUAUGAAAACCGGACAGAGAUAGACCCCAGGAACCUCACCCUGUGGAUCUCCUCCAUGGAAAUCCUGGACAAUGGCCCUUACUGGUGUGUAGUUCAGCACCUCAGAUCUUCACAGAACUCCAUGGUUGUGUGUAACGAGCCUGUCAACCUCUUUGUUACAGCUGACUUCAGUGAGCCGAACUUAACAGCAGAAGUAUCCGCUGAUUCUUGUGAAUCAACUGAGCUGGUGGUAAUGUGUUCUUCUUAUGGAGGUUUCCCCAAACCCAGACUCUCUGGAGCCCUCAACAACAUGUCCGUGGUGUGGAAUGCCAGCUGGGUGACCGAGUCCAACCUCAGCCCAUACAACAUCACUGGCAAACUCUCACUCAAUGUGACCCGAGAUGCCAACAUCACUUGCUCUGUUGAAUACAACGGCUUUACCAAGUCCACCAGUUUGCUUCUGAAAAAAACAAAUGACUGUGUUCUCCCUACUGUGGCUCCAUCUUAUAAUGUCAUUACUGCUUCAAGUAUCAUCAUUGUCAUCUUCGUUUUGGCUAUCACCCUAGCAGCAAGAUACCUCCCAAGGCACGUCUGUUCUCACUGCUGUAAGUGUCAGGAUUCAGUGGAACAGAAUGUGAAAGAAGGUACAAAGCCACCUGUGAGCUCUAAAGUGACAUCUGAAACAUCAUUUGUAUGACCAGAUUGCAUUGGCAGGUUUCUUAUCCUGUGUAUUCCGCACUGCAGUCCCCACUGCUCAUUGUACAGCAAUACUUACUGUGUUGACCCUUCGGCUCUCUGAAAGGGGAUGACAGCAGAAAGCUCUGCUUAUGAAGACUGGCAACAUAAUCCUGUAAGCAUGAAUGCAAGCACCCACCUAUGCCACAGUAGCUGUGGUGUGGUAUCCUUACAGCGGGUCACUGAAAUUCCAGCUGGGAGGACUCUCCAUGUUCCUACAGCAGGGCAGGAGUAUCGUGAUCAUCAACAUACCAGCAGUCCAACAGCUUGGGACCCUCUGGCUUUGUUGCUGCCUCUGUGAACACCAGGGGCCCCGCAGAGCCCUGGCAGGCAGCCCACAGCCACAAGCCCUGUUAGUAACACAGAGCUGGCCUUUGGCAGACCCCAGGCCCUGACACAGUCUCAAGUCAGGCCGUGCCUCAAUGUGGUGACUGGGAGCAGCUAUAACUUUUUAUAUUCAGCCUCGUGCAGGUAUCUGCCAGUACUGUUCUUUGUGCUGGAGGACUUUGGAUUUGGACUUGACCAUUACAGAUGCAUGUCCCUUCUCCCCUAGAGAGGCAAUAAUGCACACACUUUUCACAGAGAAGCACCUUGAGUGGGACUACGUGCCUCAUGCUUAUUUUCAGUGCUAACAGAUGUUUUUAGGGAAUGAUCCAUACUGACAGCACAUUUAGCAGCUAACUAAUAUUGCUUAUCCACAGCAGUGGCAGAAGUUCUCAUAACCUUUCUCUCCUGAAAGGAUGGCCUCACCAACCCAGGUACUAAGAUACUGCUCCUCCACUGAAUUACUGCAGCGGCACAUUUGACAAAGCACAGUGCUGGUGGUGCACUGUGCACGCCCCUGUGAAUACACUUGUACAAGCUCUUACAAGCAUUCCUUCCUACCCACACUUGUAACGCUGCAUUUCUGUAACAAUUCGUGGUUUAUCUCACAUGUAUCUACUGUAAUGAAAUGUAACUCAGCCUUCCUCCAUAAACAUAGGUCUGCUUUUGUUUGUAUAUUUGUAUAGGAAUACUUGUUAGAGAAGGCUCUCCGUCUUCUUGGGAGUCUCACACAGUGACAUAGGGAUUUACUUUGUGUUGAAUGCUGUUGCUUUCUGCUAGCGUUCUCUACCCAGCCGGGACUUGAAGGAAGUACCCUGCAGGAUUCCAACAUUGGAUAGGACUCAUCUAAUCUGGGUGAUAUUCUUGCCUACUGUGUAGGAAAAAAUGGUUUCUCAUUUUCAGUGGAGAAAAAGCUUCAAGCCCCACCAAGCUUCCUAAGCAACUCUGCAUCCUAACCUAAGUCAGCCCUGCCCUGAGUUUGACAGAUCUGGUUUUCCCUUUUGCUCUGUCCCAGUGCAAACUGUACCUGUUCCCUUGCUGCUCUAGCCAUGUGUGUAGUUAGCAGAGCAGAGCAAACACCAUGCCACUCUCUCUGUGGGAUGUUUUGUUGCUUGAGCUGUUUAUCUUGCUAGGGCACAGCCAAGAAAUAUUCUACCCACUUCACUUUUCUCUAGCAGAUACAUAUUGAAAUAGAAAUUGCUGGAGGAAAUAAGAGGACUGAGAGUGGUUUAUAGAGGAUUGAGCUACAAGAGGCUAAGGGAUCGAGUUGCUAGUAAAAAAACAAGGCACUGCUCCUUUUCUACUCCUGCAGCAUCAUGCUGCCCCAUCAGCUUUUUUACUUUUUCUCACUGUAUGAAGUGAAAUGGGAGCUUCAAAACAUUCUUAUGGAAGGGUUUUUGACAGAGGAAAGGAGACAAGGUGGGUGAUAAGGAAACCAUAAGCUUUGCACUUGUGAAUUCUGGUGGAAAGCAGAAAACAGGUGACAUGGAAAACAGUGUUUCUGAAAGGAAACCUUAUUCCAGGACUUGGGUCUAUGGGCAACAGUGUCUCAUACUUUCCAUUUCUUCCCAUACUUCCUCUUUCCAGCAUAAACUACUAGCUUCCUGCAGGCUGAACACCCUCCUUUUCUAUUUACUUUGCUCAUUUUUAACACUGCUUCCUUCCCUGCUAUAACAAUGCAUUUCCACCUUACCAACCACACAACCCUGACAGUUGUACCAACACAACUUUUUCCCUCUGCCUCUCCUGUGCUUUACUUCUGCUCCUGACAGAUGAUUGCACAGCCUCCUGGAGAAGGGUUUGUCCUCUGUACUGUGCCAAACCUUUCUAUGUCACCAGACUCCUCAGACCUUUGAAGUUAACUCCUUCUAAAGGAAACAGAAUGUUUCACUGACAAAUAUGUCUAGCAUCAGUUUGGUUUUGUAUUCUUGUUGGGCAGGUUAUUUGGUUUAUUUUUAGCUUAUGCACUUACACUAUGAAUCAUGUUUUCUAUUGCCUUAUGCUGUAUUCAAUGAAUUGCACACAAAUGGUUUCUGUGAGACCUUUUUGGCUUAAUAUCUGGGUCUUUCUACCAGGUGAGCUGCUCUGUUUAUCACAGGUAUUUUGUAUAUAACAUUUUUUCCUAGGGUUUAAUUGUAUUAAAAAAUAAAUGGUAAACUCAAGUUUCCUUUCAUCAGUAAUAAAAUAUGUCUGU